UUAUUUGCCCGGCUACGUAUUGUGUGUUGAAUCUGCGGAAUGCUUGCCUCUCCCAAGAUGGCCGCUUGCCGGUAGUGUCCCUGAAGGAUGGUGCCGCUGCAACCGGGCUGACUUUAGGAUGGCGGAGGCCUGGGAUUCUGAGCUCGUGACUCAGGUUUUUGGGUACCUGCUGGCCCUGAGCACCGAGUUUACUAAAGAAUGGGAGAGCAAUGAUAUGAGGGCUACGAUCUUCAAAGUACUUCUGGGCUGGAUAGUCCUGAGUGUCACUGCUAUACAGCUGGCUUGGAAGUGGUAUGGACCUACCGUGAACAACAUCUACUACCGGCAGGGUAUGGGGGGGCAAAAUGGAGGAACCCCAGAAUACCCCUCGAAUUUCCCCAUGUGGGAGAGUUCAAGCACGGAGUCGUUAAAAACCCACCGAGAAUGAAAGAGCGCGGCCCCCGGGAGACAUCAGGUGACCGGCAGCACUGUGUAAAGACGUAUUACCUCCCGGGAGCAGAUCCCGCUGCUCCUCCGCACUGACGAAGGCAAGUACCGGCAGACCUUGGGCUGUGAGCAGACGCUAAACGGAAGACGACCACCACAAGUCUCUCACUCCUCCACGUGGCUCACGAGAGCCUGAUCACUGGAUAACACUUUGUUCGGAGAGGGCUGGCGAAUGAGCGCCAUGGAACAUGGUUAUCAAAAUGUACCACUUCAGAACAAAAAUGGAUUUGCCACCUCCAAACCAUGUGUAUUUUACCAUAUGCCUCUCUAGGAGUCUUUGUGCUGCUACGUGUAAUAAGUCCAUUUUCAUCUUGUUUCAGCUCAGCAUAACCACUCUCUAUCGCUCUUUAACUACCUUAUUACAGUAUAACUUAUCCCAAAAAACAACAGUUCCCCAUCAGUAUACCCAGAACUCUAGAAUGUAUAGACAGAAUGCUACGUCCCUGAUAAUGAUUCUUUAUCCGUCUGCUCUGUGAAUGCAUCGUGCGCUGGAAACGGGGUCUGGGGAAUG